CUGCAGCUAGCACAGAAAUAUGAUCUGCAGCGGGAACUUGAAUUGCGACAAUGGAUUGAGGAAGCAACAGGGAAGCGCAUUGGAGACAACUUCAUGGAAUGUCUGAAAGAUGGAGUCAUCCUAUGCGAACUUAUCAACAAACUCCAACCUGGAUCUGUAAGAAAAGUGAAUGAGUCUACCCAGAACUGGCAUCAGCUGGAAAAUAUUGGCAACUUUAUUAAGGCUAUCACAAGAUAUGGAGUGAAACCCCAUGACAUUUUUGAAGCAAAUGAUCUCUUUGAAAAUACAAACCAUACCCAGGUCCAGUCAACUCUGAUUGCUUUAGCUAGCAUGGCAAAGACAAAAGGCAACAGGGUGAAUGUCGGAGUGAAAUAUGCUGAAAAACAACAGCGGAAAUUCCUCCCUGAAAAGCUGAAAGAAGGAAGGAACAUCAUAGGACUGCAGAUGGGCACUAACAAGUUUGCCAGCCAGCAAGGUAUGACAGCAUAUGGCACACGCCGACACCUUUAUGAUCCAAAGUUGGGUGCAGACCAACCUCUAGAUCAGGCCACAAUCAGUCUACAAAUGGGAACUAACAAGGGGGCUAGCCAGGCAGGCAUGACAGCUCCUGGAACCAAGAGACAAAUCUUUGAGCCCACCCUUGGCAUGGAGCACUGCGACACCCAGAAUAUCUCCCUGCAAAUGGGCAGCAACAAAGGAGCCUCACAGCAAGGCAUGACUGUGUAUGGGCUGCCGCGGCAAGUCUAUGACUCCAAGUAUUGUCUCACGCCCACCUAUCCUGUAAUUGGAGGAGAGGAUGAGGACCAAUAUAACCACAGCCAUCAUAACUUCUACAACUCUGAAUAGCCAGCAGGAGUUGUGGGACAGAUAUAGAGACACCAGCACUGCAAGGCACUUCCUAAAAGAUCCAUCAUCAUGUGAUUAUUUUAACCCAGGAAUAUAAGAAGAUUCAGUUCCCUAAAUUGCUAACCAACUCACUAAGGACUCCUUAAUACAUGCCAGAGCCAGACUUCCCCAUCACUGAGCAUUAAAGCUUCACCUCGAUAUCUUUCACGCUUUGACUUAUCAACUACUGUCACUGCUUUUGAGCGUGCACUAAUAUGGCUCAAAACUCUCAGGAUGAAAGAUCAAAUAAUAAAACCAGUAAGUUGAGAGAAGUAGAAACAAAAGGAUGAGUCCUCUUAAUUUGGCUUCUCAAUUGACAAAAAGCCCUGGCAACUGUCAAUCAUUAUUUCCCAGUGCCAGCUGCUGCUAAUGUUUUGGAUCAAUGCAGAGGCAGGCAAUGAAGGUACAACCUGUAAAAUUGUUAGCUCCUGCACUCUAUUUUGUUU